AUGGAAGACUUCGGCAAUACCAGCGGUCGCAUCACAAUGCCCCACAAAACAGGACUGGUCACCAAAAUAGACCGGAAACGCCCAGCGGACCAUGCACAGAGUGUGAGCAAUGAAGAGUACCUGAAGCACUAUAGCGAAGUCUUUGGAGACGCUCCCGAUAAGAAGGAGGAUUACCAGG